UGGUCGUCUCUGCAAAUAUGGCUGCUUUCAGUAAGUCUAUACCGCACAGUUGCUACGAGAUCGGACAUACAUGGAAUCCCUCAUGUACGUUAUCGACACUGCAAGUUACGGCGGGGGCUUUGGAGGUGUCCUUCAAAAUUUAUGCACCGCUGUAUCUGAUUGCAGCUAUCCUAAGAAGAAGGAAAAAAGACUAUUAUAUCAAGAGAUUACUACCUGAGAUUUUGCAAUCUACUUCUUUCCUUACUGCAAAUGGAGGCUUGUACAUAGCUUUUUUCUGCAUUCUCAGGAAACUGCUCGGAGGAUUCUACUCUUGGUCUGCGGGCUUUGGUGCAGCGCUGCCAGCGUCCUACAUCUCCAUCCUAAUAGAGAGAAAGAGCAGGAGAGGACUUCUAACAAUAUACAUGGCAAACCUGGCAACAGAGACGGUGUUUCGUAUGGCAGUCACUAGAGGGAUCGUUAAUCCACUCAAGCAUGGCGAGGUGCUGCUGUUCUGCCUCACUGCGUCGCUCUACAUGUUUUUCUUUCGGUGCAAAGACGGUCUGAAAGGAUUUGCUUUUUCGGCUUUGAAGUUUAUCGUCGGGAAAGAGGAGAUCCCCACUCAUUCCUUCUUGGCUGAGCAUGCCUACGCUAAGGCCCCAGAGCGGGCUGCAGCUGCAGCAGAUGCCCACCAGGGGGCGCCACCUUCCAGAACCUCAUCCAUUACAGCCUUCACCAAGAGGCUGCUGGACGCUCUGUGUAAACAUGGGCCAAGGCAUCGGUGCUGCAAGCACUACCAUGACAACUGCAUAUCCUACUGCAUCAAAGGCUUCAUCCGGAUGUUCAGUGUGGGCUACCUCAUUCAGUGUUUCCUGAAGGUGCCCUCUGCCUUCCGACAGGCCUUCACCAAACCCUCGCGACUAGUCUCACUCCUCUACAACAAGGAGAACUUUCAACUCGGAGCCUUCCUGGGCUCCUUCGUUAGCAUAUACAAGGGCACAAGUUGUUUCUUACGUUGGAUAAGAAACCUUGACGAUGAGCUCCAUGCACUCAUUGCCGGAUUCCUGGCCGGUAUUUCUAUGUUCUUCUACAGGAGCACCACUAUCUCAAUGUAUCUCUUCUCCAAGCUCGUGGAGACUAUGUACUUCAAAGGCAUCGAGGCUGGCAGGUUCCCCUACUUCUCGCAGGCUGACACCAUCAUCUACGCCAUCUCCACCGCCAUCUGCUUCCAGGCUGCUGUGAUGGAGGUGCAGAACCUGCGACCUUCGUACUGGAAGUUUCUACUCCGGCUCACCAAGGGCAGGUUUGCCCAGAUGAACAGGAGACCCCUGGACACCUUUGGCACCGGUGCCUCCAGGGACUUCAAGAGCUUCGCCUCCAAGCUGGACCGACGCUACACCGUGGUCCCACCAGAACUGCCCGUGCAGCUGGACUGAGCCAACCAGCCGGCCAGCCAGCCGCAUCCACUUCAGGGAGGCGCAGCUGCUGUGGGCACAGGUCUCCAACUCUGCAGGGCCCUGGACACACCCGGCCUUGGGGCGGAAGGCGGCUAGAUGUCCCACUCACCCCACCCCACCCCACCCCACCCUUCCAUACCACGUCCCUCCCCAUCUCCAUCAGUGUUAAUGUGAAGCUGAUGGGUAUGGGCGCUACAGUGAAAGUGACUGUAAUUAACUAGAGAUUCUAUUGAGCAAAAAAAUAAUAAUGUGUGUAUAUAUACAUCUACUUAUAUAUAUUUAGAUAGAUGGAUAGAUAGAUAGGUAGGUAGGUAGGUAGAUGGAUAGAUAGAUAGAUAGAUAUACAGCACUUAACAGCAAAAGACAUGCAAAAAUGACUAGAUCUGUUUUUGCACAAGUUCGUGCUACAAUUGAUGCUUCAUAUUUACUAAAUACAAGGCUGCACACAAGACGUGGAAAAUAAGGAGCUUGUGUUGUGAAGCCAUGCUUCCGCUCAGACAGGUUUGUCUAGUUACAGACCAUGGCAGCAGACAAACAAAAGAAAACAUUACGUGGGAACCCCUGGAAAUCUCUGCUCAGGGUUGAAGUCAAGAAUUAAAAAACAAAAACACUUUUUUGUUAUUGAGGCAGCCACACUGUGUUUUUUCCAAUGCCACCAGGAGGCAGUGUGGACUACUGGUUCCAAGUCUCAAAAGUGACUGAACAGGCCCUUAGCAGAUAAAAUGCUGAAAGCUAAUUGAUUGUCAUUAUGAAAAAAACACAUAAUCCUUCUCACUGGUUUGGUGAUUUUAUGAAGCUGCCAUUAAACAUUUCAAUGCUAUGGGUUGUAUUUUGGAUGGUAAACCCAAUCUAUUAGUCACUACAUUGUGAAUUUCUAGUUAUGUCCUCAUCCUCAUUUCAAGUCAUGUUUCAACAUUUGUGAAAUGUUGUUCGGCCUUAUGCAAUGGUCAUCUGAGCAUAACUCUGUGGGAUGCCCCAUUUUGAGUGCCUUGCCACGUAUAUCUACACAUAUGAAGCAUUUACUGUAGUGGUUGUUUACAUUAAUGUAAAUGUUUUUUGCAUUUCUUUUGCUGGUCACGAACUGAUGUUUUAAAGGGGAUGCAUUUUGUGUUCAGGUUAACUCUUGAUAGGAUGGACUGGCAUCUCUGUUGGUGCAGAGUAUUUUCUAAUACGUUCAAUACCUUGGGUGAAUGUUAGGCAUUUUUUGUCACUGAAUGUAAACAAGGCACCCAAGUCCACUCAGGCAUAUAGCCAAACGUCAGACAUUUACUUUUAUUCCUUAUAAUAAUAGGUAAGCAAUGAUCCUUUAGUCUCAUCACAUUUUGUGUCUCUACAAAUGGUGACACUGCAACCUUGUUUCCAAGCGUACUUUGGUGGGAGAACAGCUGCACAGAGUUGUCUAAAGCCUUGAGAAGUGAUUAUGUUGCUAUACAAGUUAAUGUGAAUUAUUUCUUUAAUUUAUUGUCAUUUUUAAAAUCAUCAGAGCUGGCAUUACAAGUGCACAACACACAAAACCUGCAUGGCUGGUCGUUUCACAUCCUCCCGCUUCGCUUGAGGUCUCGGGCACUCUGCGUCCGAACCCAGGUAGUAGCCGUGAUGACAACAGGUCAUGGCCCGGUUUGGGACGAACCCACGACAGACUAAGUUGCCGUGAGGGAAUCCAGGGGGCUGUUCCAAGUAUAAGGUGUAGGGACAAAGAAUUCAUUUAUGCUGUUCUAUACCCUACAUGUGUGCUCUACUUAUUGACUAGGAGUUAACUUACCUAGGGGUGCGGCAAUGGGAAAUUGAAUUGCAACCAGCAAAGUUGCUAACUUAGUUAGCAACUAUGGUUUUGGGAAACGAAAACCUGGGUUGGUCAUUAGAACUCGUACAUAAAACACUCCCCUGGAUUUCUAAGUCUCAUUUUCAACCUCAGCUAUUUUAAUCUCAUGUAAUAGAUUAAGAAAUUAUGACUGACCUGCACAGAUUAAUCAGUUCACAAGCUUUCCUGGAUAACUCGAUUUCUUUUUCUGACAACAUUUUGAUGACCCACAUCUCGGUGUUGUAUAGAAUAUACUUUUUUUUUUAAAGGAAAAAGAUAAAGUUGUGAUCUAAAAAAAAUAGGUGUAUACUUGUAUAACACUGUUUGUAAUUUAUAUACAAUGAAAAAUAAAACUUAUUUGUUCUCUGUUGA